GCCCGUUCCUGCCCGUUCCUGCCUCGAGAAUGCCACACUCAACGUGCUGGAUCAUCAUGGGAAGUCACUCAGGGCAAGCGUGGCAGUCACGCAGUGCAGGCAAGUGCAAGUGCAAGUGCAAGUGCAGUCUCGUACCUUGGUGACUUCCUGGUCUCGCCUUCCUUCCGCCUUUGAAUCUCGAGAUCCGCAAGGGUCUGGAAGUCUCGAGGGAGGAACCUGGCCACCACCCCCCUCCCCUUCCAUUCACACAAUGCUCCGGUCCCUCUGUCCCCAUCAAACGACGACCGACGACUGCCCAGUCCAAGGAACCUUAAGUAGUCGUCUACAAGCUUCCUCUUUUUCCUUCUCUCGCCUCGUCCUCGUCCUGACGUUUUCAUCCAUCCUUGGCGUGACUCGUCUCCUUUCCCUUUAUCUCCUUGGCCUCCUCACUCUUCUUCUUCCAGUCGCUCUCUUGGCACCAUUCGAGAGAUCUGCGCAAGUCCACUUCGUCCGCCCGUGGCUUGCCCUUCUCCCCGCGCCGGCUGCUGACCAGCGCUGAUUGCGGUUCUUGUUCUUCUCAUUCACCUUUCUCCGUGACGCCCAUCGUCGUUCCUUCAUCGAUACUGUACCCCUCGAUUACGUGUCGAUUCUGUCCACUUCCGCCAGAGUGACAGCUGUGCCUCCGCGAAUCGACUUAUACACUCGGAUUUCCGACAAAUCUCCAAAACCCCAGUCACGAAACCAAACCUCCUGAUAGCAAACAUGGCCCUCGCUGCAGGCUCCAAGCGCAUGGUGCAGAUGCUAUGGCUCGCCGCCGGUCUGCUCUUCACCCUCGCUCUGCUGCACUCCCUUGGUAGCCCUGAUAAGGCCAAGGAAUGGGCCAGCAACAAGGUUGGCGCCCUCGUGAACAACGAUGGCGGUCGCAACACCAUGAAGGAGUUCAUGGCCACUGCCGAGUCCAUUUGGGCCAAGACUGUUAAGCAGCGUCACGACAUGAUUGCUGAGGACUACGGUGAUGCCUCGUUGAUGCCCUUGUUCCCUGCCACCGACCCCGCGGCCUACGGAAAGCACCCUUACUCCGUCUGGGACUUUGCCCCGGCCUCGUACAGCUGCCCUCACGAAAUGGAGCGCGUCGGACGUAUGGGAGACGGCGGCAAGUGGGUGUGUGGCAUGUCGAGAUAUGUCAACUUCCCCAGAGACCGCGAGUGUGUCAUCUACUCCUUCGGUGUCCGUGAUGAGUCCAGCUUUGAGAACGAGAUGCUGAGCCGCACCAACUGUGUUGUCUGGGCCUACGAUUUCUCCGUCGUCGACUUUGGUGAGCAACUCGAGCCCGGCAACCGUGCCAGAGCCCACUUCCUCCAGGCCGGUAUCUCUGGCAAGACGGAUAAGACCAAGACGCCCCCCUUCUACAGCAUUGCCGACCUGAUGAAGAUGAACGGCCACGAGUACAUUGACAUCUUGAAGAUGGACAUCGAGUUUGCCGAGUUCGAGGCCAUGGACGGUUUCGGCGAGGACUUCCCCAUCCGCGCCGGCGAGGAGCUCCCCGUUGGUCAGCUCAUGAUUGAGAUUCACUUCUUCAACGGCAUGACUGCUUCUAACUUCCUCGACUGGUGGGAGCGUCUUGAGUCCCGUGGUCUCCGCCCUACCUGGACCGAGCCCAACCUGCUCGCCGUCACCCUGAACUUGGGCAACAAGGACCCGCUCCUUGCCGAGUACACCAUGAUCAACGUCCACGACAGCAAGAAUGUUGUCUUUGGUGGCAGACACUAAGUGGGAUAUGUAAACAUUACUUUGUUAUUGCUGGCUUGAUAGGGAGCGUACUGCACGGGGCGAAAAUGUGCAUGGUCACUGGCGUUAUUUACAGUAGAUCGGUCAACACGGGA